AUGGCGGUCUUUUCGAAAGUCCUCGGGGGUAUUGUCUCUCUCGCAUAUGUCGUUUCAGCACUGAACAAUGGGCUUGCUGUGACUCCUCAAAUGGGAUGGGAUGACUGGAAUGCAUUUGGAUGCAACCUGGACCAGCAAUUGAUCCUCUCUACCGCCGAUGUGAUCAAGAACACUGGUCUGAGAGACCUGGGUUACUACUACAUCAUUCUGGAUGAUUGCUGGUCCUCUGGCCGUACCUCAAGUGGACAGCUCAUUGCCGAUGCGAAAAAAUUCCCCAACGGUAUGAAGUACCUGGGUGACCAGCUCCACGCCGAGGGCUUUGGCUUCGGAAUGUAUUCAAGCGCUGGCACCAAGACCUGUGCUGGAUACCCCGCAAGUCUGGGCAUGGAGACGACCGACGCAAACACGUUCGCCAGCUGGGGAGUUGAUUAUCUGAAAUACGACAAUUGCAACAACCAAGGAAAGUCAGGAAGCCAAGCGGUCAGCUCUGCUCGGUACAAUGCGAUGGAAAAGGCACUCGCGGCAACCGGGCGCAAGAUCCUCUAUUCUCUUUGCAACUGGGGUGAAGAUUCACCCUGGGUUUGGGGUCCCUCGGUUGGCAACUCCUGGAGAAUUACUGGUGAUAUCACAGACAAAUACAACUCCGCGUCGUCCACUUGCCCCAUUCCUCGUUCUGGUGGCUAUGGUUGCUCUGUCACCCAGAUCAUGUCCAAGCAGGCCGAGAUUGCAUCUUUCUCGGGUCCAGGCGGCUGGAACGACUUGGACAUGCUUGAGGUCGGCAAUGGUGGCAUGACCGACGCCGAAUAUGUGGCGCAUUUCAGCAUGUGGUCUGCUGCCAAGAGUCCACUCAUCAUGGGCAACGAUAUGCGAAAACUCAAGGCCAGUGACUGGUCCAUCCUGGCCAACCCGGCCGUCAUCGCCGUCAACCAGGAUCCUCUCGGAGUCGCUGCCUCCUACCGAUGGACACGCAACAACGUGCAGCUGUGGAGUGGCCCGCUGGUCUCGACCACAGGCAGUUCGACCAACGACAUGGUCGUCGUCCUCUUCAACAACGGCGGGUCCAGCACAACCGCCUCUGCGACUCUCACCGACAUAUUCGGCUCUUCCAACGUGCCCAACACCAAGUUUGAGAUCCGCGAUCUCUGGGGAUCUCGACUCAGCGACAGCCAAGCCCAGGCCGUUCUCAACGAUGGUGCUGCCGCUCACUCAUCGUUGCUAUACAACGCCAAUGCGCAAAGCUACAAGACAGGUCUCGCCAAGGCUGAUCCUAAACUCCUGGGUACAGUGGUGGGUUCUGUUUCCGGUGCCAGCGGCUCCAUCUCUCAGUCCGUUCCCGCCCUGGGCUGUCGGAUCUUCCGACUUCGUGCCGUCGGAGACUCCUCCCCUGGUCAGGGUUCCCCGUCCACUACCACCACCACCGCUGCCCCAGCCGGUCCUACGACAACUUCAGGGAGCCAGGGCUCUCAACAGACCAAGUAUGGUCAAUGUGGUGGCCAGGGCUGGACUGGACCCACGUCAUGUGUUCCCCCGUCCACCUGCACCGCUCAGAACCAGUGGUACUCCCAGUGCCUUUGA